UAAUUGCUUAUCAAACAUGGUCGACUGCCCUAUAUUCCUAUUAAGUGCUUACUAUUAUACGCUUGACUGGUGGUUUGUUGCAAAGUGUAUGCAAGAAUUUGUUGGCUAUAAUGUUUUGCCAAACAAGUGCGAGAUAGUGAGCGGUGAACGAUGGAGUUGGAAGUCGAUCCGUUUGUCUCUGAACACACUCGGAUGUAUGUUAUAGUUCAUCCCCAAAAUUAUGUCUAUAAUUCGGGUAUUAUGAACGAGGAGGAAGAAGACGAAUCGUCGAACAACUCUUGUGUGUCUUUUAUCGAUGAAACAAUCCUACCGCGACAGAAGAACUUGCCUAAGUUCUUUGCACAAAGACUUUCCCGUAUGGCAGUAACUCUCGCAGGUAUUACUUUAGCAGUGACAUUUGUAAUUGCCCUGUUAGCUUUCUUGGUUUCACAGACAACAGCAAGUUCAGCCGCGUUUGGCUUCGGAUUUGAUUCAGUCUUCACAUCGCUCUCUUCAUUUUUGAUAAUAUGGCGUUUCUGGUCUAUUCAUUCGACCGUGAGGGAAAUAGCGAGAAAAGAAACACUCACCACAAUUGCUGUUGCUACCAGCAUGGUUAUAAGUGCGGCAUGUAUAUUCACACGUGCUUUCCAGUCUAUCAAAGCGAGCGAACGGCCAACACAAAUGACGUUUGUUAUAGCAGUAUCUGCCAGCAGUGGAGUGGCGUAUUUUGCUUUAUUUUUUGCAAAAUACAGAGUGGCUGUACGCAUGGGAAGCGCUGCGUUAAUGACGGAUGCAAUUGAUGCACUUAGCGGUGGAGUACUGGCGUUAGCAUUGCUUAUAUCUUCGUCGAUUUUAAAAUACUCUCAGACAGUAUGGUUUCUGGAUUCCUCCAUUGCAAUGGUUAUUGCUGCGUUUUCUGUGUGUUAUGGUGUGACUGUUCUGGUGCGUAUGUUAGCCUCGUACAGAGACCGCGAAAUCGCUGUAGCAGCCAAAUUUUAUGUUGUAGACAAGUUUUAAUUGUCGUGACAAGAAACACGUUAGAAUUUAUUAGAGCUGUACAACAGUCAUAUAUUCAGUAGAUAUUGUAUCGACGGUGAGGGUAAUGAUGUGUGAAAAAACUACGUAAGACCUCGUGGAAGACUCUAAGUUAUAAGAGAUCCUGUCAUAUCGAAAUUCAAAGACCUGCCUUCGUUUUAGGUUUAUAAAUCCUAACUAAUGCAUCAGCUUCACUACUUAAUCCUAUAGACAGAAAAAAGACAGUAAACACUUCUGGGGCCAUUUGUUCAAAGUUAUUGGCAUCGAGUUGAAAAAUAUAACCUCCCUUAACUGCAUGCCCAAAGAUAAUUCUGGGAAAAUGAUUUGUACAGGUUUGCGUCACACUAGAAACUAGGUUUUGAACAACUUGGGCAGAGUGUUUUCACGCUUUUUCUUAACCCGUUUUUAUCAGAAUAACAGGGAUAGAGAAUUCCAUGAUGAGAUUAUAGUUCUAGAUAAGGAAAAAUAUGACGCGUGUAAUAUUAUAUGGCACUGUGAUUAGUUCAAAACAAUAAAUUCUUUAGUAACUAAAUAAUGAGUUAUUAACUUGAACGCGGGUAGCUGUGAC